CUGGAGUUUACCAGAUUACCUCACCAAAAAAUAUGGGGUUUAUCGAUUUCAUCAAGGAUAUUCUGCGCCCGGGCAAUGGCGUGGAUUAUCCCAAGCCGGGUGACAUGGUAACAGUGCAUUACCACGGCUAUCUUUACGACCCGGCACGGUCAAGGAACCGAGGGCGUCGAUUCGACAGCAGUAUUAAACGGGGAUUUCCUUUUACUUUCAAGGUCGGUGUCGGCCAGGUGAUCAAAGGAUGGGAUGUUGGUAUUUUGGGGAUGAGUCUGGGUGAAAGAGCCUAUCUUACAUUCGGCCCUCACUUUGGAUAUGGCGAGAGGGGAGCUCCUCCGUUUAUUCCAGGCAAUUCGACCCUCGUCUUCGAUGUCCAGCUACUCGCCAUCAAUGGCCGAGGGGUUGAGUCGGAUGAUUCUGAAUAACUGUACAAUACUAUGUAACUUGCUCGUAAAUGUUCACAUCAUAUACCAUUUC